CCUUGGAGUUCAGAGCUUCCUUCUACGAUUAACCUCUCGCACGCACAAUCAUGGUCAUACGGUAGCUGAACAUGUAAUGAAGCGAGGGAGCAGUUAUACAACUUAUUCUGAUGACCAAGAACACAAGGGUGACUGUUUUCGUUGUUGGGGUUCUGUAUGUUUGAAUGAAAGUAGAUUUCCAAGUGAUUUUUUAUGAUAAGAUUAAGGGUUAUGUUCUGCUCUGUCCUAUACUAAAUACUGAAGGUAAAUAGGCAACGGAAACAAAGGGAGACAGAGAUAGUUCCCUGCAUUGAAAGUUUGAAACUAUACCAGAAGUGUGUUAAUUUAAAGUAUAAAACAAUAUAGAAUUUGUUUCUUAUUUAAGUUCUGAGUGAUUUACUUGGAAUUGCAGAUAUACCAUAUUCCACCAUUGAAAAAUAGUCUGCUGCAGGAGUUUCGAAUUUCGGAGCUGAAGGUAAAUAACAGAAUGAAUAACCAAUCAUGAUUAUUUAAUAUCAUUUUCUUCCUGAUAUGGCUUAAUUUGGAAGGUGCUUUAUGCAUGAUUGGCAAAACUUGCGCAUCGAUUUCUAUGUUACAAUAUAAUAUCGCCAUUACACAUGCUCAAUAUCAAGAGUCAAGACCAAGAAAACAAGAAAAUGAAUAGAAAAUCUGAAAUAUGCCUCCUCCACACCUGAUACAGAGUGGACUUUUGCAAACUUUUAACAUGCCUUGUAGAACAAAAUAAUAUCCAACUUAGUACUCAACUUUAUACCAUUCUUCCUAUAAAUUCAGUUCAAUGCUAAGUUGGAUCCAGUUGCAACAAAGAAAUCCUCUUUUGCACUGUAAUGGGCAACCACAGCCUCUUUCUGUUGUUGUGUACAUAUUUGCUGAUUACUAGUGAACUUUGUUUGGGUGAUGAACUUGCAGGCGGUGUGAAAUGCAUUGACGAAGAGAGAAAAGUGCUUCUCACCUUUAAACACCAUCUAACUGAUCCUUCUGGCAGGCUUUCUUCUUGGUCCGGCCGCAAUUGCUGUCAAUGGAAUGGUCUUUCAUGCGACAACCGCACUGGCCACAUUGUAAAGAUGGAUCUCCGGAAUCCAUAUCCACACACAGUUUAUGAUGAAGAAUGGGAUUACACGGAUUACCAACAGUCUUGCGUGAGCGGUAAGAUAAAUCCUUCUUUACUUAACUUGAGGCAUUUAUAUUACUUAGACCUAAGCUGGAAUGAUUUUCAAGGGAUUCGCAUUCCCAACUUCUUGGGGCAGCUUACGAGAUUGAGGUAUCUCAAUCUCUCCUAUGCUGCAUUUUCUGGAGAAAUUCCUCAUUUUCUUGGUAACCUCUCAAACUUGAACUAUCUUUCCCUUGACUAUAGCGAUCGCAGCAACGACCUUGAAGGUACCCCGUCCUCCAAAAGCUUGAAAUGGCUUUCUCAUCUCUCUUCCCUGAAGUACCUCAAUCUCGGAGGAGUUAAUCUUCGCAGGGCAGGUCUGAGCUGGUUACAUUCUGUCAACAUGCUUCCCUCACUAUUAGAGUUGCAUUUAUCUGCAUGUAGCAUUACUUCAGACCAGCUUCCACUCUCUUUACCGACUGUUAACUUCACUUCCCUUUCAGUCCUUGAUAUGUCUGGAAAUCUUUUCAAUUCUUCAAUUCCCAGCUGGGUUUCUAAUCUUACCCGUCUAAGGACACUAGAUCUACAGCACAGUUCUUUCUAUGGUUCCAUUCCGGAUGAUUUUGCUAGCCUCAAGAUACUUGAACACCUUGAUUUAUCUGAAAAUGAACUUGAAGGUCGAAUUACGAACUUUUGUACCUUAAAGACAUUAAAUCUUGCUUCAAACUGGUUCACAAUGGAAGGUAUAGAAGAUGUUUUGAAUGGUCUCACAGACUGCUCAAAUACCAGACUGGAAGAACUAGUUUUAGCUGAUAAUUAUUUGGAAGGCGAAUUGCCUGCCUCCAUAGGAAAGUUACACAAAUUGCAAUAUCUCCACUUUGGCCGCAACUCCUUUUUGGGAUCAAUUCCAGAGUCUAUUGGAAACUUAUCAUCCUUGAAAAUACUGAUCCUCUUUGAGAAUAGUAUGACUGGAUCCAUUCCUGAAAUCUUGGGACAACUGUCUCAGCUAGUUCACUUCGACCUGUCUAAUAAUUUUUGGGAAGGCACCUUAGUAGAAUCCCAUUUCGAAAAUCUCACAAAUUUAGAAUCCUUCACAAUAGGCACAGACAGGACUAGGCCUCUCAUUUUCAAUGUGACUAAUUAUGACUCACUUCCUCAUUUCAAGCUCCAGGCUAUUCGCAUUGUGAACUGUUUAGUCAAUGAUGCAUUUGGCGUGUGGCUUGAAUCACAAACUGGAUUGUUAGAUGUCAUCCUUAGUGGUACUGGAAUUUCGGGCAUACCAGAGGAAUGGCUGUUGAAGAUAUCAUCCCAAGUAGAGGUUUUGAUUUUCUCCAACAAUCACCUCGAAGGAAAGCUUCCAUUUCGAUCCAAGUUUUCAAAAAUGUACAUAUUAGAUUUGAGCGGCAAUCGAUUUUCAGGGUCUAUUCCCUUAAAUCUUGGACAACUUAUGCCAGAUUUAAUUGAGUUGAUCCUGUCUGAUAAUCAUUUGGAUGGCAUCAUUCCACCUUCUAUAUGUGGAAUUCAGUUUCUAAGGAUCCUUUCUCUAAGAAACAACCAGCUAUCUGGAAAGUUUCCUCGAGCAUGGAGUUUGUGGAGCGAAAUUCAACUUGUGGAUGUCUCAAAGAACAAUCUCUCUGGUGGUAUUCCCAGUUCAAUAGGUAUCCCAAGCAGUCUUGUUAUACUGAAGAUGAACAACAAUAAUUUCGGUGGCAAAAUUCCUUCUUCCUUAAAAAAUUGCUCCAUGUUGAGUAGGAUUGAUCUCGGAGGCAAUAAAUUUUCUGGAAAGCUACCUUCAUGGAUAGGAUCAAAGGUGACAUUGCGUAUAUUACAGUUGCGCUCAAACUCAUUGUUUGGUCACAUUCCCCAGCACCUGUGCAAUCUUUUGAAUCUCAAUGUCCUGGACCUUGCUGACAACAACUUUUCAGGUACCAUUCCAAAGUGUUUGAAUAAGCUGACUUCUUUGAGCACUGGAGAGUCCAGUGAAUGGACUGUCUACAGUUAUGCUGAGAAAACGACAUUAGUGUCGAAAGGAAGAGAACUAGAAUAUGGUGCUGCCGGUCUAUUUUUGGUGAAAAGCAUUGAUCUUUCCUCAAAUAUUUUGGUAGGUGAGAUUCCUGGAGAAAUAAGCAGUCUCGUUGAACUGCAAACCUUGAACUUGUCGAGGAAUCAUUUACAUGGAACGAUUCCGUCAAGCAUUGGAAACUUGAGUUCGUUAGAAUCACUUGAUCUCUCACACAAUCACCUUGAUGCAGAGAUUCCUCAGAGCUUGUCUUCCUUGAGCUCCUUGUCUCACUUGGACUUGUCUUAUAACAACUUUUCUGGAAGAAUUCCUUCAGGCAGUCAGCUCCAGACACUGGACAAUUCAUCCUAUGAGGGAAAUCCAUCAUUGUGCGGCUUUCCUCUUUCAACCAAGUGCCCCGGAGACGACAAACCUACUAGCAGUGGAAACCUUCCUGUAGAAGACAAUGAUGAAGAUGACAAUGGAAAGCUUGGUCUCUACGUUAGCGCUGUGCUUGGCUUUAUCAUAGGCUUCUGGGGAGUCUGUGGCACAUUACUUGUGAAGAAAUCGUGGAGGUAUGCUUAUUUUCGGUUCUUUGACAACCUCAAAGAAAAGAUAGCAGUGGCAGUUGCAGUGAAAGUAGCUCGUCUCCGAAGGAACAUGUGAUCGGAAAAGAAGCAAAAACUAAUCGAUGAGUUCUACUUUUGUUAUCUAUGUACAAUGCAAUUGCUUUCUAUGCUCCGUAUUCCUUCUUUGCGUACAUUAUGUCCCGAUGAGAGUAUCACAUGGCAAGUUUAAAUAAAAAUGAUUUGUUCUCUUC